UGAAAUUAAUACAUUCCAGUAUUCUUUUUUGCUGUUCUAUUCUAUAAACGUCAACAUUAUUAAUGUAUUAAUAAUAAUUAACUUGACAUCCAGCAAACCUGCCAUUUUUGGAAAUGUUCAACACAGGCUCUUAACACGCGCUCACAAUCUUUGUUAAACGAAUAACAGCUUAUGGCUUUGUGUUAUAAAGAUUUUCUGCCUCCGUACGCAUAAACUAUUCGAGUCCUUGGUGUUCUCCAACAAGUGUUUGCUGCUUGCCUUUGAAAGUUCUCCGCGCCCCAUUUUGGUGAUGUAAAUGAGCGAGUGGAAGGAGUGGAAAGGGGAGGUGCGAUCGGAUUGGUCCAGCUCAGAAUAUAGUAUCACUGAAAACGCGCAUGAGAGCGAGAACUUUUUUGUCAUCUUGCAGGUAGCUGUACUUAAGGCGAGUUCAUGCCAUACAAGUGGUUGAUUGAGCUGAGUGCAGGAGAUAACUUUUUUUCUGAAGGUGUGGGGAUUUCGAUUAUUUUUUUGCUUUAAACUUCUGCAAACUUCAACCAACUUUUAACAGAUUGAUUGUUUUGGUCUCCCACGAGUGAUGACCAGUUUCACGCAAGUCAGAGUUUACAUACGUAACAAGCGUGUAAAUGCGCAGGCUUAGGCAAUUAACUUUGGUUUCUUAGGCCAGUGCAACCCAACAAGACGCAGGCCUAGUGGUAAAUAGCUGCAUGUAUCUAUUCAGUCGGUAAAUUUUGAAAGGAUUAUCCAUCGGCAACUUACACUUUCUUAUAUCCUAGUUUAUAGGCGGAUUCGUUGUUGCUGCUAGUACCGUUGCAUUAUCAAUUACAGCUUAAAUAUGUACAGCAUGAUGGAACACGAACUGAAGUCCUCAGGUCCUCCGCCUUCGCACCAACCAGGUCAGGGGAUGUCUCCUGCGAGCGGCGUUGUAGGGGCAAAUCACCCUGGGGCCAAACCAGUUUGCCCGGCCGGUGGUGACCCCAUGGACAAAGUAAAGCGACCCAUGAAUGCUUUCAUGGUGUGGUCGCGGGGACAGAGACGGAAGAUGGCACAGGAGAACCCCAAAAUGCACAAUUCGGAAAUAAGUAAGCGCCUCGGAGCUGAAUGGAAGUUGUUGACAGAUGCCGAAAAGAGACCGUUCAUAGAUGAGGCCAAGCGGCUGCGGGCUGUGCACAUGAAGGAGUAUCCCGACUACAAGUAUAAACCGCGUCGUAAGAGUAAGCCCUUACUGAAAAAAGACAACCCAGUUGGUAAAUACCCACUGUCUGCUGGCAAUCUUCUGGCAGCAGCGGCUGCUCAGGGUCCUGGUGGAAGCCCUCGAAUGGAGAGCUACGGGUGGGGGCCUACAGGGGGGUAUGCGGGCAUGCAGAGUGAAGCCCUGGGAUAUCCACAGCAACUCCACCGCUACGAUCUGUCGGCAUUGCAGUAUCCCCCUGCCAUGGCCACCGCACAGACGUACAUGAACGGCGCUAACUCAUACAGUCCCAUGUCCUACAGCAGUAGCCCUCAACAGCCCAGCCCAGUGAUGUCAAUGGUGAAGCCAGAACCAGUGUCACAUUCCCCGACUGGAGCACCCAACCACCACCGUGGGGCUUUGCAAGGGGACCUGCGGGACAUGAUCAGCAUGUACAUUCCAGGAGGCGAUACAACCGAUCCAACUGUUCAGAGAGGGUACUCUAGCGUCCAGCAGCACUACCUCAGUGGGACAGUGCCUCUGACCCACAUUUGACAUCCUGGCACUGAAAACUGGCACUGGGACACUCACAAGGGCACCCCUCCACACACACAGCAUGCAUAAAGUCAAUCCCCUUGAGCCCUCACAAUUUUAUUUAAUUUGUAAUUACUCUGUUUCACAAUUUGUUCUGCGUGUCACAUUAAUCGGGGUAACUGUUCCAUACCUCCUUCCCAGAAUCUCUGUUUGCAGGCCCUCUUGUAAUGCCACUAAUUCCUUCUCCUUAUUGAGACUUCCCUUUCCCUCAAUCCCCUUUCUUGUUCCUUCCCCCUAAAUUUUCCCACUGUGAAGGAGAGGUGUACAUAAGCUGCCAUGCUGAGAAUGUGCAUUUCAUUUCUGAAACUUAAUUGUUGUGAUUAACUUUAAAAAAACCCUAAGUUGUCAGUUAAACCACUGAACGGCACAAUGUAGCAUUCUCUCUGAUGCGUAACACAAUUAAAACCAAAUUUGGUGGGGGACUUGUUGGGCGUUACAAGAAAGGACUGAAUUCUGGGCAGUAAUUAUAGCUAAGUCACCAGGACCCUCCUACGCCAGAGACAUGGAAGACAUGUGAGUUUGUCCUCUGUGAUUAUGAACUGAUGGUCAUUUGAGACUAGUCGAUAGGAAAAACUUGUCAGAGUGAAUGCCGAGGACGCAGAACAAAGCAUUAAAUGAGCUUUGAUUGGUCAUCUGAGCUCUAGCUAUGGUGAUAAUAAUUGAUCUAUAAAGCCAAUUCUGUGGGAUAUUAGGAAAUCCUAUUGGACAAUUGUACAAGAGCUCCUUAGAUCUGAUGAUCUUAAAAUCAUCUUCUUUUCUCUUCCAUAUUCUAAUUGGAUCUUGAGUAAUGUGAAGCUGGAAUUGAAUUCAUUGCAGUUGUGGCACAUUCAAAGUUCAUUAGCCAGGUUUAUUUCCCUGAUUAGAACGUGUGGUGGUGAUCAGCCACUCAUUGCUUCAGCAAUCUCUUUUGCUAAUUACUUGAGCUAUAUCACACACUAUAGAUUUAUGAAAUGUAACUUUUUGUAGUCACUGGCUCAAACAAGACAGCAGACAAGUAAAAAUGGCUGUUCCCACUUCAUGACUGUUGCUUUUAACCCAAGUCCUUAACUAGUUAACUGGUGCUGCUAAAGAUUAUGAAGUAGUUGAGGAGUUUGGACUUUAAACUUCCAGCUGAUGGGACUGUGUGUAUGUGUGUUUCUAUGGGGGCAUUUUUUGUUUGAUUACAUUUUAUUCAGUUAGGAUUGGACAGCCCUCACACUGUGCACUCCACUCAACACAAACACUUGUUUGUAUUUUUAAGAGGAUGUCCUUACUACUCCUUUUUUUUAACUCAAAAGUCAAAUGGGGUCUAAAUACUGUAAUUUAUAUUAAAAUAAUGAAACAAGUGAAUGUUUACAUUGCAAUCCAAGUGUGCAACUACAUUAACUUUGUAUUGUAAACUUUUUGUACUUUUUCAUUUUAGUAUAUUAAUAAUGCUUUGCAUGUAAAUAGUGUGAGACUGAAGUCUUACAGCUUUGAACUGUAUAGUAAUUUUUCUUCUCCCCCCCCCCCUUUUUUCAAAAGCCCUUAUACUAAGGGUAAUGUUUUUAAGAAACCAUGUUGAGACUAUAUGACAAUGAUGACAAAAAAGUAAUAAACUUAAAAUUUUUAAACUUA